CCGGAUGUAAACACGGAAGUACCGUGAAGAAACUGAAAGACACGUCGACAGUGAACCAAAACAUUCCCCGUCCAUCUAAAAUCACAUUAAAUGUUACAUAUUCUGGUCGUUAACAUAUUUUAGUAUAUUUAUGCUUCACACUGGUGUCUCCAAUACACCAACAAUGGAUAAAAACGGAAGUUUGGUGUUAGCUACCGAGCGAUACGGCAGCGGGCAGGUUUGGAAAUAUUCAGUAAGUGAUGGAGUGAUGAAGAGGACGAGGGAUGGGAGUGAAGCUGGGUCAAGAGGCAACUCAGUUGUUGGAUUCUUUAAAAGCGUCUUUCUGCCUCAAGGAUACCCAGAAAGCGUCAGCAGUGAUUACCUUCAGUACCAAUUCUGGGAUACUCUUCAGGCUUUCUCCAGUUCUCUGUCGGGGACUCUGGCCACGCAGGCUUCCCUCAGAGGUGUUGGUGUUGGAAACCAGGAGGCGACUGUAGCUGCAGCCACAGCUACCUGGUUAUUAAGAGAUGGUACUGGCAUGUUGGGUAGAAUCCUCUUUGCCUGGAGGAAAGGGAGUAAGCUGGACUCAGAGGCUAAAAAGUGGAGGCUUAUUGCUGAUGUUCUCAACGACAUUGCAAUGUUCAUGGAAAUCUUGGCUCCUCACUUUCCGGCCUUCUUCACUUUGAUAGUUUGCACGGCAGGAAUAUUCAAGUCUAUUGUUGGCGUCGCCGGAGGAGCGACCAGAGCUGCACUCACUGUUCAUCAAGCGCGCAGAGACAACAUGGCGGAUAUCUCUGCCAAAGAUGGCAGUCAGGAAACUUUGGUCAAUCUUGCUGGUUUGCUGGUCAGCCUGUUACUGAUUCCUCUUGUCACUGAUAAUCCAUUCCUGACCCUCACCCUCUUCUUCCUCUUUACUGAUCUUCACCUCUUUGCUAACUACAAAGCUGUGCGUUCGGUUGUCAUGGAAACCUUCAAUGAGGCGCGGCUUUCCAUUGUGAUGCAGCAGUACCUGAAGGACGGACGAAUCCUGAGUCCAACUGAGGCCAAUCAGAGAGAACCCGUUUUCCUACAGUUUGGAAAAACCACACCAAUUAAACUUGGCGUUAGGUUACAGGAUGUUGCUCAAAGCUCAGAGGAACUGAAUUUGGCUUUAAAGGAAAACAACAUGCCGUUCCUGUUGGGAAUCAGAAACGGCUGCAUUUGUGUUUGUUUGGGAACAAAUGCAUCAGUUUGUGAUGAAAUCAGAGCAAUGUGCCAGGCUGCCUGUGUCAGCAACAUGCUAAGUUGCCGAACCGCUUUGAAACCAACGCAGCAAAAUUUGUGGGAAAUUGUUCUCGAGAGUCAGAAGCAGAUGGAGGCACAUUUCUCUCCGUUCCUCAAAGGUGUUAAAGCUGCAGGAUGGGACACGGAAAGGACUUUGCUGGACUGGGAUGAGUGGCGAGUGGAGUGGAAAACAAAAAACAGCUGAGCUGCUUUUUUGGUUUAUUAAACAUCUCAAUGUCUAAAUGUUUUCUAAUUCAUUUAAAAUUAAAAUGUUAGCUCUGAACCAUUGUAGAGGAAUGUAAAUAUUUUUGUAUAAUUUAAUAAAAAGAAUGAUUAAACUGUUAGUUUCGUUCUCCACACAUAUUUAUCCUACUCCUUAAUCAUAGGCAUGAAGAUAUUUUUUAUUUGUGUUUUUUAAUGUUUUGUUUGAAUAAUUUUACAGCUCAUAUUUACAAAUGAAUUGGAUGCACAAGUUGUAAAUCAUGUUGGGUUUCCUGCUAUCCUAACAGACUCUGACAUUUGCACAUUUUCAGCUACAUUUUUUAGUUUUCCUGAAAGUUAUAUGAGCAAUCAAUUGUAAGAAUAAUUUAUUUUAGCUUGUAUUUCAAAAUUACAAGCUAGGCUUAUAAAAAAUGGGUUUAUGCCCAGAAAUAAAUCAAUACAAAAUUCCCAGAACAUAUCCUAAAAGUUUGAUUGCUAUAAUUUGUGUUAUUAAAGUACAACUUGUUUUUUUGUUGUUGUUACAGUUGCAAAUUUCACUUUAAACAUAAAAAUGCUCUAAAUAAAUCUUCAAAAGAA